AUGAUAAAAAACGAAAUGGAGAAUGGCGGCGGCGACGCUAAUUCCAAUGUGUCACCGACCAAACUCAUGGUCAAUUACAUACCCGAAUUGAUGACGCGGGACAUGAUGUACGCAUUGUUUUCUGCGAUGGGCAAAAUCGAGAGUUGCAAAUUGAUCGCCAACAGGGGUUAUGGAUUCGUGGAAUAUGAAAAACACGAGGAUGCCGAGAAGGCGCGAGCUGCGUUCAACGGCCUACUCAUGCAAGGCAAAACUUUGAAAGUGUCAUUCGCUCUUCUCAACCCCGAGAACAAAGUCAGCCACAAACCUGAUACCGAAUCGAACCUCUACAUAAGUAAUCUACCUCCUGAUAUGACGCUAGAGCGUUUAAAUACUCUCUUUAAUCAAUUUGGAAACAUAACCAACAGUCGCGUAUCACAAGGGAUCGGUUUUGUGUGUUACGAAAGUCGACCACAGGCUGAGGAAGCUAUCAAACACAUGAAUGGGCAGACACCUAUUCCGGCAGCUGGUCCAAUUGUUGUGAAGUUCGCCAACAAACCAAACGCAAAUAAAAAUGCUCCGCGUCCUACUCCACGGGUUGGAGUUGGAGCUACCCCACUGGCAUACAAUGGCGCUGCUGCAGUCUUCAAUGGAACUACGGCUUCUGCAUUUAAUGGCACGAAUCUGAGCGCGGCCUUUGGUGCAAGGCCCGCGGCGUUCGCUCCUGGCUUCCCUCAGGCGUCACCACCACCGCUGUUACCGUCGCCCGGUAAGGCCCUUCCGUUUAUUAACAAGGGCCAGCAAAGAUUCAAUCCAAUGGCAGCAGCGAACCACACACCUCUCCCUCUGCUUGGGGCUCCUGCGAGUCCUGUACCACUCCUGGGCGCGCCUCCUGCUCCGCAUCAAACCACUGUGUAUGUAUACAACAUUGGUGAGGACACUGAAGAACUGGCACUGUGGCAACUGUUUGGUCCUUAUGGUGCCAUUGACUCCAUUAAAGUAAUCAAGGAUCCUGAGACCAAGAAAAACAAAGGUUUUGCAUUUGUCAAUAUGAGGGAGUAUGAUGAGGCUGCAAUGGCCAUUCAGGCGCUCAAUGGAUAUACGCUCAAUGGACAGGUUCUAUCAGUUAGCUUUAAGACACAAAAAAGAAAUAAUUAG